UUCUUUUUCCAGUUUAAGUGCCAGAGUUCCUCGGUGUUUUAAAACAUAAUUUGGACUGUAAAUGUGGGUGAAAAGGGCGCGGAGGUUAUUGCGUACGACAUUUUGGAUUUUUAGUUGCUUUUGUCGGUGUGAAAAGCCCACUUAGGAGACGUUUCCGCUGAGAAAGUUUUUUUGUGUCGUAAAUGGAACCGUGAAAAGUUUGAAACGUGGCCGAAAUGCCGAGCUCCUCCGCCGCCGUGCCGCAUGGAUCCCAUCGGGAAAGGAUACAGUCUAACAUACCUCCCCGAUCUGUUGCAGAGGGCUUAGAGGCGACAUUUGUGUCUGGUGGAUUUUUCUGAAGGAAGAAAGGUUUAUUGUGAUUUCUGAACGAGCCAUUCUUCAGAUCCCGCCCGCCUGGAUAUCACGAGUCAUUGCUGUAAUGUGUUUGCUUACAGCCUUUGAAGGUCAGCAGGAUGGCUGAAAAGGAACCCGAAUCGCCUGGAAAACUAAAGACAUUAUUAUAGCCGGAAUUGGCUUUUUCGGAAUACGGGGCCUAUCCGAACGGACGAUUUCUUUUCACAACUUUUCUCUCUGUGGAUAAUGGAUGGCAGAGAUUUUGGACCUCCCCGAUCCGUCCACGUACCACCUCCGUUGUUGGCGGGGCUCGCAAUGGAGUCUCACCGACUCGGAGCAGCAGCUGCAGCCGGGAGGAUCCCUCCCUCGCCCGGUCACUUGGGCGCGAGUCAUCCGCCGCCUCUCCACUCUGGAAAAUUCUUGCCAUCGACCAUUAACCUACAUCCACACCACAGCGAUGCCUUCCCGGCAGGCUCCAGUCCAUUCCUGUCAGGUUAUCCAGGCCCCUCGUCCUUGACCUCUGACCCCGCAGCGUACCGAUCGGCCAAUCCCAGCGGUCUGCAGAUGGCUCAGGUCUGGGCAUCACACGCUCAUGAAGGCUACCCUCCUCUGCCAAGCAGCCUGUACUCCAGCCCCUACCUGUCCCUGGGCCACCUGGAUCCUCCCUCGCUCUCCCAACACCCUCUCUAUGACUCGCAUAAAGAGGGCUUUUACCUGCCAGCCUCCUUGAGCCAGUUGCCUCUCCACCCGCCGUCUGCUCCACCGACCACCCCGUCCAGCUCCACACCCCCUCAGAGGUUGUCCCGGGAUGGGGGUAGAGACCGGCAUUACCGGGUGGAGAGGGAGAGAGAGAGGAACAGAGAGAGAGAGCAGUCGAGAGAGGAGCAGAGGCCGCACAGCGUGGUGGACCUGACACAGGACGGGAGGAGCGAGGAGGACCGCAGGGCGAGGAGCGGCGACCGGGAACGAGAGAAAGAAAGGGACCGGGACACAGAGAGAGAGAUUUGGUCCUUCCAUCCUCACCCCCACCAGCAGAAGUCACACUCCCAACCUUCCACAGUGGAGCCCAGAUCCAGGCCGUCACCUUCGCAGCCCUCCUUCCCUUCAGGUGGGGGUGGGGCAGGAGGUGCGGGCAGGUUUCAUGGACCAGACACAGACAGAGGGGGCCGGGAUGAAGAGGGGGGCUCUCGACCCCACCAUAACUCUAACGCUAACUCAAAUAACUCAAACUCUCACUCAGACAGACAAAGGAGGAAUGACUCUGUGGCCACCUCACCUGGGGCGCUCCACGUUUCCUACACCCUUCCUCCUGCGCUUCAGCCCUCCGCUGCUGGCCCACCCCACCCCUCCACUCCCAGAGAGCUUAACAGAGAGCAGCGAGUCACCGCACCGACAUAUGUGCCUUCUGUGGAGGUUUACGACGAGCGGGCUGGGCCCAUCCAGAUCGCCUCGCAGGCUCGCGACAAGCACGGUGACAAACACAGAGACAGAGAAAGGGAGCGAGAGCGCGACAGAGAGCGAGAGCGGGAGAGAAACAGGGAGAGGGAGAGCUACAGGAUUCCUGAGAGGAGCUUGAUGGAGCAUCCUCGGCUCUCCCAAUCUAGCGAUUCAAACAAUCAAAGAGAGGAAGGUUCUGUCAUUUGUUCCAAUGGUUCUAUUGGUAAACGAGGCCAGGACGCGUUUAACUCCUCCAGUCAAUCAAGGUUCAGCCCUGAAACCAGGGACAUCUCUAAACACUCAAUCCGAUUGGGCAUAGAGCGGGCAGGGGCAGAGCCUAAGUGGAAUACUAUCAGCCCCUUAGCAAACUAUGCCACAAGUCACAUGGCUGCCCUGGCAGCCCAGCACGGACACACUAUCUCCUCCCCCCAUAGCCAGCCGACACACACACAAAUGCCCCAUUCCCCUCACACAUCCCACCGGCCCAGCAACCACCCUCACUCUGCCCACAGCCAUUCCCCCCAAACACACCCCUCCCAACACGGACAUGGUCAUGCAGGUGAGGAGGGGAGUCAGAGACGGUACCUGGACCCAUCUGCGCUUUACCGACCUGGGUUGUCGUUGGUAGGAGGGUCCAGUGGUGGAGAGCGAAGCGGGGGUGCGGGUUCGGAUCCCACAGAGGUUUCAGCCAUGCAGAGUCUGAUUAAAUACAGUGGGAACUUUGCUGCUGAAGGUCCUGGGUCGUCCAGGCACGCUGCAGAUGGCCGAGGGCCCUUCGGCGGUCUGGCUAACAUUGGGACGGAAGCCGAGAGGGAGAGGGAAAAGGAUAGAGAGCGUGAAAGAGACAGAGAGAGGGAGAAAGAAAGAGGGCGUGAAAGAGAGAGAGAGAGAGACAGGGAAAGGCUGUCAGUUGGAUCGGGUGCUUCAGGGGCAUUGAGGGUGCCUCCCCAGCUAAAGAGAGAGCAGGAGCGGCCGGACAGCGCCCGCUCGUUUGGCCGGGAGGCGGAGGGGGAGGUACGCCACCCUCCGGUUGGCAUUGCUGUAGCUGUGGCCCGGCAGAGAGACAGUGGGAGCUCCUGUAAACAGACCAGUGGACCUUCAGACUCCCAGAGAACCCUGAUGCAAACAGCUAUUAAAGAUGAGGAGCGAGGGGACGACCAUGCUCGUCAUCAUGAUGACAGACUGCUGUCUGGCCGGCUGGAGCGCGAGCAGGAGAAAGUGCUCAGAGAGUCCAAGGAGCUGGCAGAGUUUACUCAGAUGCACCCUGCUCCGCUGUCUAGCGGCCUGACAGCUAGUAUGAUGACACCCAGCCUCAUGACCCCCAACCUUAUGGUAACAGGAGGGGCCGCCCUGGCAGGGGCAGGGCGAUGGCCUCCCGACCCCUCAACUCUGACCUCUCACCCCUGGAUGCCCCGUCCUGGGGCUCCCCCAGUCUGGCUCUCCAGCUCACCUUACAGCCUGGGUCCUUCCUCACUCCACCAGACCCUCCCCCCAGGCUACCCACCCUCUCUGCCAGGCUCCAUACCCCCUCACUACCAGUUUGCCAGGGACCCACAGUCUGGACAGCUAAUAGUCAUCCCCACUGAACACCUGCCACACUAUGGAGGUGAUGUACUGGAGCGUGGAGCCCCUGUGUGGUCAGGGGGAAUAUACAGUACAGGCAGCUCCUUGCAGCAUGCAGCCCAGCUCCAGCUCCUCUCCCAGCAGCAGAUGCUCCGGCAACAGGAGCUGCUCAUGAUCCAGCAGCACACCGCGCAGGUCCUGGAGCUGCAGAGGAACGCACAGCUAGUUGAGCGUUUAAAGGCCAGUGAGCAUCGGCCGGAGAUGGAAGAAAAAGCAGACAAGCGGAACGCCGACCCCAAACUCCGCCCCACCUCGGUAUCUUCCCCGUCUCCCUCACCCGUCCUGCACCCCCGCAAACCGCCCCCCCACUCUCGCUCGCCAACCCCGUCUACCUCCUCCCUCACCCCGCUGCCUCCGCUCCCUUCGCCAGUGACCACCCUCAAGUCAGAGGAAGGUGGGCAGAGAGUGUUGUCUCACCCGCCGACACCCCUGCCUCACCCGCCUUCUCCACGCUCAGCCUCUCCGCCUCCAUCCUCCCCACGGCGACCUAAACAGGAGGUGUCCGAGGAGGGCGAAGUGGGACGGAGGGACCAGAGAAGGGGACAGAAGCCGGCCUCUGCGUCCUUUCAAGGCAUCUACUCUGAUCUCCCUCCAGGUUACCCAUACCAGUCCAUCAGUGCCCCAUUUGGCUCAACUUUCCCCCCUUAUCACAUCCCAGCACCCACAGGGGCAAACACAGAAGUUGUCCCACCCCACCACUCCCGCUCUCCUGCCUCUGCUGCCCCUUUGCCCUCAGCCCACCUCCAUUCAAGGCUGUUGGAUGCAGACAUCAAGCCAGAGAAAGUAGAGCCGUCAAAGACGGGAUCUUUUCUCAAGCAGGAACCCGGCGUGGAGCCGCCUCAGCUUGACAUGCCGCCAGAACCUCUGGGUCCCCUUCACCAGAGCUGCAGCCCUGUGCUAGCCAGCCAGGACAGAGACGAAGACGGGGAAGCCCAGAAGCCCCAUGCUCAAACGCUUCCUCUUUGUGUCCCCAGCCCUCCACUGCAACGAGCUAAAAGACUGGAAGAAGUAAGGGAGGAAGAGAAGGAAGGAGGGCAAAUCAAAAUGGAGGUGUCAUCUUACUCCUGUCAGGCUGCAUAUCCCCUGCCUCCUCCACACACAGAAGCCGAGCCGAAACCAGAGGUCAUCAAGGAUCCAGAACGAUACCCAUCAUGCAUCACUGCAGAUUCAGACAGCCAGGAAUCAGGUCUGAUGUGCUCGUCACUAGAGCAAACCACCAGUGCUAUGUGUGACCAAGAACAGCCAGACACUCGAAUCAACUCACACACUCCCAUUCAAAAAGAAAGUGUCGCUGAAACUCCCAUUUAUCCUCAUCCCACCUCCAACUCCCCACUCACGCUGGUCACCGGUCCAGAGGAUCCCAUGGCAGGGAUGCUUGCUCUGCUGACGGCCAGUGAAAUGGCCCAGGCACGCCCCUGUACCCCGCCUGCUCAAAUACUCAUACCGCAAAUAGAAAACCCUCCCCUGGGUGCAGACUGCAGCAGCGCCGGUGCUCUGGAGAUGGUGGCACUAGAGGGGAUGGCCCUGCUUAGCCAAAUGGCCCAGCAUGAGAUGGAGAACAUCAGCCUGGAGCGAGAUCUGACUUUAGAGGGUUUGGACUGUCUUCUUGAAGCAAGCAGGCAGAUUUUGUUGGAGGCCAUUGAGAAACAGUCCCACAUUGAUCUGCCCAGAACGCUGGACCCCAACAAGAAGUACAGCUGGAGGCAGAGGAAGGAGGAGCCGCUGUACAGUAAAAUGUCUGUGGACGUGUUGGAUGCAGUGGAAGUGGAAUACCGCGUUCGCCUGGCCGAGCUGCAGAAGACGUAUAAGGAGAAGCAGAGAGAUUUGAGCAGGCUGCAGAGACGCAGAGACAAACGUGAGCGUCAGCAGCAGGAGGAUGAGAGGCGGAGUCUGACAAGGCGGGGCAGAGGACGACCCAGGAAAAGGAAACACUUAACUACACCUCCUAAACUGGACAGCAGGCCUGGAAAGGUGGGUAGGACAGUGCAAUACUCGGAGGACUCUGAAGCUGGGGAGGGACAGAAGAAGAGGUUCCGGGUGUCCAGAGGAGAAGAAGAGGAGACGGAGGCAGGAAGUGGAGGAGUGAAGGUGAAAAAGAAGAAAAAGAAGAAGAAGAGCUGGAAUGACCAGGAGCCAUCCACUAGUCAUUCUCUGGAGCAGAAGGCGAAGCGUGGCCACGUCUGUGAGCAGGAGCAGCUGGCGUCAGACCUCGACAGAGCGCUCUCGCUCUCGCAGCUCGGCUCACUCAGUGCGUCUCGCAAACUUGCCUCCAGCUCAAAAGUAGUUAACAAGUCGAAGGGCAAGUCUGUGGAAAGUCAGAUGAAGGAGCGUGGCAUCCACCCGUCUGUCAAAGGAGGGAAGCACAAAAUGGCUGCCAAGGCUUCUGCUUCGGAGACCGUCCAGAAGGAGAAAGGUCAGAAGAAGACUGCUUUGUUCUCUCCCAUGAGAUCAGAGCUCAGCAGCUGCUCCAACAACUCAGAUUCAGAGGAGCGCACUUCUGCUCAAAGGGGCUGGCCCCCUCCCUCAGGGACGCGUUCCCUAGACAACCUGACCAGGAAGAGGCGGUCUGCAUCGUCGCCGACAUCCCUGCUAUCCAGUCAAAAGUCUCAGAAGAAGAAACACAAGCACUUAUCCCUGCUGCUGGAGGAAGCGGGCCUCAGCUCCUCUGACGACUCCUUCGACCAAGAGACCUCCGAGGAUGACGACGACAAUGAGGAUGAGUCCGAUUCGGACGAUGAUGGCGGCUGUGAGGAGAGCGGGCUGGGUCUGCUGGCCAGGUUUGCGGCGAGCGCGCUCCCAGUCAGCUCCACCCCAUUGAGCCUUCUCCAUGACGGCAAACACCGCAGCAGGCAAAGCACUCUGGGGUCAUCCGAGUGUGAGUGGUCGGACUCUGGCUCGGACUUGCGGCUGAGAAAGUUCCCCUCCCUUCUGCACGGCAAACGCUCUGUCCCAGAGCUCCCCUUGUUGCCCCCGGCAACCCGCCGCAUCGACCAGACCAGCCCCACCAAGCAAGACGAAGCACAGCCAGUCAAACACAAGCCUCUUCCCAAACCACGGCCUUCUCCCCGGUCGCCACGGCAGUUUAGCUUCGACCUCCCCACCAGCUCUGGGGUCGGAGGCUUCAGCGAGGACGAGGGCUGGAACCGACGACGCAGUGAGAGGAUUUUCCUCCAUGAUGCCACCGCCUCGGCCAGUCAGAUGUCUGUGUCUGCCUCUGCUUCCACCAGUCAGAGCUCCCCCUCCAGCUCAGCCCCACCUCUCACCCCAAAGCCCGCCUCCAGACCCAAACCCACUCCGCCCAGCAGAGAGGGGAAAGAUGCGGUGAAAAAAAAGAAGCUGAAGGUCUCUCCUCUUCCUGUGAGCCCGUCCACUCUGUGUAGUCCAAUCCCAGAGGGCCCUGUCCCUCUAAGCCUCAGCCCGGCACGCAAGAGCCAACCAAAAGCCAAGACCAAGGCCAGAGAGCCUUCCAGGGGAGCGGUGAGCCGGCUGAUGGAGAGCAUGGCGGCAGACGAAGACUUCGAGCCCAACCAGGACAGCAGCUUCAGUGAAGAUGAACUCCUCCCACCGCGCAGCAACAGCGUGUCGGAGAGGUCCUCCACACCUGCUCCAGUGCAGUGCGUGUUGGAUAAGGACUCUCUGGUGGAUGGACUCCGAGUUUUGAUCCCGAUGGACGACCAACUACUGUACGCGGGACAUGUGAACACUGUACACUCCCCUGACAUAUACAGCGUGGUGGUGGAGGGGGAGAGAGGGAACCGACCGCACAUCUACUGUUUGGAACAACUGCUGCAGGAGGCUAUAAUCGAUGUGAAACCUCCAUCUGUGCGCUACCUCCCAGAGGGCACCCGCAUCGCUGCCUACUGGAGCCAGCAGUACCGCUGCCUUUACCCCGGCACUGUUGUCAGCGGAAGUUCCGAUAUUGACGAGAAUGAUGAUCUCAUCACGGUGGAGUUUGACGACGGCGACACCGGCCGCAUCCCCCUCUCACACAUCAGACUGCUGCCGCCAGACUACAAGAUCCACUGCGCUGAGCCUUCCCCUGCACUACUCGUGGCCAGCUGCUCUAGGAGACGAGUCCGCAAAUGCAGCAAAGAGGGCAAAGAGGCCGCCACAAAGCCAGAGGAGGCUGUGCCUAAGAUCAAAGGAAAACCUGGUCGCAAACCCAAACCCAAACCAGAAACCUCCGUGAAGCCUGAGGGUCCUGCAUCUUCCUCCACCCAGGCUGCAGAGCGACCCCAGCCUCCAGCCAAGCCUCCCCAGGACAGGACCUCUACUGUACAGAAGGCAGCUCAGGAGAAGCCCCGGCCUGCAUCCCGGCCGACAAUGGCAAUCCAGGCAAAGCCGGGCCGCAAGAGUUCCACCACGUCCCCUGCAAGUAGUCCUACCCUUCCAAACCCAGUGCCCAGGAAAGCCAGCUCAGCCCUGCCUCCUGCUCCUAAAACUGCCCGCGCUCUACCCCCAUCCCUCUACCCCUCCACCUAUGGGAAGGUCCUGACUGUGGAUCUGUACAGCGAGCCCAACCUCAGCUCAUACAACAACCAGCGCAGAGAAAGAGAAAAUUCCAGCAGUGUCAGUCCCACCACCAACAGACCGAUGUCCAGGCCCAAUAUAGCAUCAUCAUCUACUGCACCCAAGCAAAGUGCUUCGUCCACACCAAGACCCACUUCUGCUUCCACACCCAAAACCAAGCCCUCCUCGGACCAUCACAGCAGCUCCAGACCUAGCCUCAGCUCUGGGCUCAUACCCAGCCCCACCUCCAGGCUGUCAACAGGCAAGCCUGGCUCUUCACUGACUCCCAGACCUUCAUCAUCAUUGUCUUCAUUAUCUUCAUCAUCUGCCCUCAGACCCAAACUGAAGAUGCCAUCCGACCAGCUAUCCUCCAGCCCCAGACCCAGCCCCAUCUCCAGACCCAAGUCCAGCUCAGGGCAAAAUGACAUGGGCUCGCUUGUGAGGCGCAAGCCACUGUCUGCGGAGCCCCUUGUGAAGCUCGACCAUGAAGGUGUCACCUCCCCCAAGACCAAGAAGACCAAGGCUCUGAUGUUGCUGGAGGGUCGGGGGGUCAGACGGGACCACACCCCCAUAACCACAACCACAGCCACAGCCAAUCAGAAACUGCUAAAGGCUAAACUGAGAGCUCCAGAUAGAGAAACCGGCCUGCCAGAGAAAGACUCCACCUACAAAGUGCCAACGCUGGCUAAAGAGAAAGCAGAUAGUCGUGGAGGUGCUGGUAGAGGACAGGAGAUGGACAGCAGAGAGGAAAGGGGUAAAAAAGAGGAGAGAAAGGAAGCGGAGAAAAGAGAGGAGAGAAAGAUGAAAGAGGAAUCUCAGAGUAGCAGCAGCUCAGAGUCGGAGGAAGAAGGGGAGAAAGGGAAGAAGAAGUGCAAAAAGAAGAAAUGCACCUCAAGUUGCUCUUCUUCCUCUUCAUCCUGCUCUGGUUCAUCCUCAUCUUCUUCAUCAUCAUCAUCUUCGUCAUCCUCUUCGUCCACUGAUGACUCCUCCUGCAGCUCAGACGAAGAGAGGACCCUUACGCCCCCACCAGGCCCUGCCUCUCCUCCUCCGACAAAGGACAAACCAAAAGAAGAAACGAAAGAAGAAGAAGUGAAGAAGGAGGCGGAGGUAAAAGUGGAGGAAGAAGAGCUUUCUCCUCCCUCCCAAUCUCCCUCACCUUCAACCUCUCCUACUCCUGCUGCUCCUGCUCCAACUAAACCCGCUAAACCAGCCACCGGGAAAGGGUCCGGGCAAAGGGGUCGUCCUCCGAAACCAAAGCCCGGCGGAGGAGAGGGGAAGGUGGGGAGACCAAAGCGGAGAGAGGGGGUCCAUCUCCCUACAACCAAGGAGCUGGCUAAACGUCAGAGGCUUCCCAGUGUGGAGAACAGGCCCAAGAUUUCUGCUUUCCUUCCAGCCAGACAGCUCUGGAAGUGGUUUGGGAAACCCACACAGAGACGCGGUAUGAAGGGCAAAGCUAAGAAGCUCUUCUAUAAGGCUAUUGUGCGUGGCCGAGAGAUGAUCCGCAUCGGUGACUGUGCUGUGUUCCUGUCUGCCGGCCGGCCCAACCUGCCGUUCAUCGGCCGCAUACAGAGCAUGUGGGAGUCGUGGGGCAGCAACAUGGUGGUCAGAGUUAACUGGUUCUAUCAUCCAGAAGAGACAAAUCCCGGCAAGAAACUAACCGACAAGAAGAACUGGGAUCAGAUGUGUGGUCAGUCUUUACCAGCAGCUCUGCAUUCUUCUAUCCAGAGAAAAGACUUCAUGGAGCGCGCCCUCUACCAGUCGUCUCACAGCGACGAGAACGACGUACAGACAGUCAGCCACAAGUGCCUGGUGGUAAGCGUGGAGGAGUAUGAGCAGAUGACCCACACGCGCCGCUAUGCUGACAGCGAAGACCUCUAUUACCUGGCCGGCACCUAUGAACCCACCACGGGCAUGAUCUUCAACACAGACGGAGUCCCAGUCCUCUGCUGA